AUGGAAAAUUGUAAAGUUAAUCUAAUUGGAAAUUCAACGGAUGUUGAACUGAUUGCUUCUCUCGAAGACUAUAAAGAACCAGUGCGUAGAGUGCGUCCAGAUGCAUGUAGAAAAUCUAUACAAGCAAGAAGAUGUGUUCAACAUUUGAAAAGAUUGAAAACGCAUUCAAAUAAACUUCAGUACAAUUCAAGUAUUCAAGAUAACCAUUAUCAACUAUCAUACGAGCUGUUUAAUUCAAUGCAAGAUCUGGGUUCAAUUUCCUUGACUUUAAAUAAUAACAAUAAUAAUAAUAAUAAUAAUAAUAAUAAUAAUAAUAAUAAUAAUAAUAACGCUAGUAACUGUUCACAACUUCCUCAACGCAAAAACAUUCUUUCAUAUAGAGAUUAUUUAGCCUUGCCAAUUGAAAUACGUUAUCCAUACAAUUACGUCAGUGAUUUAUUUGAAGAUGCUCAUCCUGAAAAUGCGGACAACAAUCGGAGUAAUAAUAAUUAUGAAGAUGAAUAUUUAACUGAUGGAGUAUUGGGGAUUUACAAGCUGGAAAAUGAAUUUAUCCCAGCGAAUUUGAGUGCCCAAGAGAAAGAGGUGGCUGAAAUUUUCGGAAAGGAUCCCUAUCCCAAUUUGGUUAUGUGGUCUCUAAGAGAGAUUUUCGAAGAACACGGAGUUCAUAAAUGGAACCAAACUUACGAUCGAGAUCACAAAACGUUUAAACAUAGAUAUGGACCACUGACUCAAAAUGAUUCUGGACUUUAUUAUUGUCGUUUUAUUGUUCCUGGUGAAUAUUCGACUUUAAUGUCGACUUACAUGAAACUUGAAGUUAAUAUGAAUUGUCCUAAACCAUUCAUCUACUGGAUUGUUCAAAUACUGCCAUAUUUCCUAUUGUUCGUCUUUAUCUCAGUGAUUCUUUUACUGGUUUGGCUAUGGAGACGAAAAUCUGAAAUUAUUACAUACAAGUUGAUAAGUAUUGGACGUUCUAUAGAGUACUAUCAGUUUACUACAAGUGAUGCACAAAUAUCAAAUAACAAUAAUUCGGAUAAUAAUUCAUUUGAAAAUACUACAAGUUUAAUAUUAGACCCAAUUACUGAACCUGUGAUUAAUAUAAACACUAUUGUCACUCGUCGUCCACCGAAAUUAAUAAAUAAAAUUAAAGAACGAAUUACUACUAAUCGUUAUGUAUCGUCACAAAGUCAGCAACAAUUUUACGAUAGAUUCACACAUGAAAAAGAUAUACAACGUUUAAAAGAAUUAGAUAAACUAUUUUUAUCCAAUUAUCAACUUGAAAAAGAUGAAAAUUAUGAGUUCUCACGUAAAAAUCUUCAAUUAACAUGUCGAUUAGGUUCAGGUGCUUUUGGUAUUGUUUAUAGAGGUGUUGCAGAAAAUCUACCAAAUUGUGUUAACACUAAUGAGAAAAUCGAUGUUGCUGUUAAAACUUUAAAAGAUGAUUUCACAGAAGAAGAUGUGUCUGAAUUCCUGAUGGAAGUGAAUAUUAUGAAACAGUUGCGUCAUAAGCAUAUCAUUGAAUUUUAUGGAGUUUGUACAGAAGAUGGCUCACCACUUUUAAUAAUGGAAUAUGCUCCUUAUGGGAAUCUCAAAGAGCAUCUACGUCGUCAUCGGAAAGUUUGGUUGAAUUGUGACAAUUUAUCUCUGAAACUCUUAAAUUUUGGAUGUCAGGUUGCUAAUGGUAUGAAAUAUUUGGAGUCAAAGUGUCUUAUUCAUCGCGAUUUAGCUGCUCGUAAUAUUUUGGUUGGUAAACGUUAUCAACUAAAAAUUGCUGAUUUUGGACUUACAAGAUUUGCCGAAAAUUAUUAUCGUAAAAUGAAAAAUGGUCGUGUUCCUUUAAAGUGGUUAGCUCCAGAAUCUCUAGGUGACAAAAUCUAUACAAUUAAGUCGGACGUCUGGUCAUUUGGUAUACUAUUGUGGGAGAUUUUCACGCUUGGCUCAUCACCAUAUCCAAAUAUUAAUGUAACAGAAAUUAUACAAUCAAUUCAAUCGGGUGUACGUAAUGAAAAACCAUUAUUAGCAUCAAAUACAAUUUAUCAAAUUAUGUGUAAUUGUUGGCAAUUAGAUCCAAAAAAACGAUUAUCAUUUUCAGAAUUAGUGAAUUUAUUAGAAUUACAAAUCAAUGAACAUGAUGAUCGUACUGAAAUUAGUGAAACAACAUCGGGAAUAUCAACAUAUCAUGAUGAUGGUGAUAAUCAUAAUAAUUGUAACAGUGAUUUACUAACAAAUAAUAAUGAUAAAAAUUAUAAAAAAUUAGAUAUGGACAUUACUAGUACGAUUAAUGAAUAUGAUAGUUUUGAUUUUUCUGACAAUGACCAACAAAAUGAUGAAUAUGUUAAUCAUCCUAUUUUGUCAACAGCAUUCACAACUAAUGAAACCAUUCAUGGUUUAGAAUUUACUUCAGUUUACUGUGAAAUGAUAGCCUAA